ACGGCAAGUGAACCGCAAAACUCAAAAUAAAAUAGGUUUAAAUAUUAUAAAACGCGUUAUCAAGGCCAGUCUAUACCGAUUUCGUCGGGAGUUCGGGACGCAAUCGCAACAUACGAUACGUUGCGUAACAUCGCAACGUAGUCGAACCGACAAAACGCAUUAGUGUGAUCCUGACCACGGUAAAUAACAACAUAAUGAUGUACAAUUAUGUGUUGACAGAGUCCAGAGUUUUGCCUUCCGCCAGUUGCCGACCUCUGUACUAACCGCUCAUCUUUUUUUCAUUUCUUUAUCAAAAAUAUUCGAGUUUAAAAAAAAACCAAAACGGCAAGAUGAUAAAGCCAUUUUUACUGUAGUAGUGUAGUGUAAGCAUUCGGUUAAUCUAAUGUAAAUAAUGUAACGUCUUUGACUGCGAUCACAGAUAUUUUUUUUGUACACGAUUGUAUAUAUAUUAUAUAUUAUAUUAUACAUAUUGUAUAUAUAUAGUUCCAUGCAGUGGCGUAGACGGGAAUUUUCAUUUAGAAGAAAGGUAUGUAAUAUAAACCUUAUAAAACUAUAGCUAAUUUUCGUAAAAAAAUUAUUUUUUAUUAUUAUCGGUAAAAUGUAUAAAGUAGGUACCUAUACAUAAAAAAAAGGUCAUGAAGGGAUCCAUUUCCCAUCUCACCCUUUCUCCCCGUGUCUACGUCCAUGGUUGUAUGCAUUUAUAAAAGAAGAUUUUAGUAUUUAGUUGCUACAAUGACCACAGCAUAGCGUUGGUGCUGCAUUACCUUAAGAAGUACGUGUGACCUAUAGCGCCUACGGGGUGGUUGUAUGUCAAUCGUUGUUUGCUGUUCCACGAACGUGUACCUGUUGUUCCAAACGUGUUGCCGGUGUUCAGAGCGCAUUCCUCGUGGACCUCAUUUUUUGCUGUCUGAAGAUUUUAUAAAAAAUACACUGUCAUACUUCAAUUUGUGUGCGCUGUUUAAGUAUAAUAAACAAAAUAAAAAGAGAUUUGAAGCUGUAGAAGGUUAAUGAAACAUAUUUUGUCGUUAAAUCAGAAGAAGAUGAAAAUACAAGAAUUGCUUUAGAUAUUUCAGAACAAAGUAUAGAUAUUACUAGUACUAAAGAAAAUAAAACUUUUAAAUGCAACAAAAAUUAUAAUUGUAAUUUGAAUUAUAUUACAUCUAUAGAAAUCAUGGAAGAAUCAUGUAAUUUUAAGUUUUGCAAAAUUUGUUCAUCAACAGUAAAACAAAAGAACAAAUCAAAUACACAAUUACAUUUACUUAAAUCUAAACACAGUGAUUCAAAUAAAACAAUUCUUAAGAGCACAACUAAAUAUGAAACCAGCCACAAUAUAGUACAACGUAUAAAAAUUAAAAACACCCCUAUAGGAGAUAUAACUAAAUCUAUAAAAAAAAAAAAAAUUCAAUGUCCAAAAUUCCUCAUCUUGAACUUACCAAAAAUUAUUUUAAAACCAAAAACAAGGAAUAUUCAUAAGUGUAAUUACACUUGUGUAAAAUGGACAAACUAUAAUCUGAAUAAAACAGCACCUAUGUAUAUGUUAGCAAUACCAUUAUAUUUUGGUUUCAAAAGACACACAACAAAUGUAUAUGGUGUGCAAAAAUCAAUAACAUAUAAGACUCCUUGUGGAGUUCAUAUUAAAAGCAUAGAAGAUAUGAUGCGUUAUCUCAUGAUAACUAAAAGUAAAAUGACAAUCGACCAAUUUGAUUUUGAUAGUGAUAUAGAUCCAAUGGCCAAAUUUCGUUUUUUAAAGCCCAUUAUGUUUUUAGAUGAUAUAUCUGAAGGUUUAGAAUUUAGACCAAUAAGUUGUGUGAAUGGUAUUGAUAGUGAACAGUCACCAAAACUCAAUUAUAUCACUAAUAGACAAGCAAAAACCGAUGUAAAUUUAAAUUUAGAUACUGAUUUUCUAUGUGGAUGUGAUUGCUCAGAUAACUGUCAGGACAAAUCAAAAUGUGCUUGUUGGCAGUUUACAAUUGAAGCACAAAGUAGUAUACCAAACUCAGAUAAAAACGAACAUUUAGGUUAUGAGUAUCGAAGAUUAUACACAGCUAUACCAACUGGUAUUUAUGAAUGUAACAAGACAUGCAAAUGUAACAGAUUGUGCUUAAAUCGUGUUGUACAACAACCAUUAUAUCUUGACUUACAGUUGUUUAAGACGGAGAAAAAAGGUUGGGGUGUUCGUUGUUUAAAUGAUAUACCAAGAGGAACUUUUAUAUGUUGUUAUAUUGGAAAUAUAUUAAAUGAAACUAAUGUCGAUGAACAAGGUUUAAAUUACGGAGAUGAAUACUUGUUAGAUUUAGACUUUAUUGCUAAAUUUAAGAACCAUAAAGAAGAUUAUGAAGAAUAUGCUUUUCCAAGUUGUCUAAACAAUACGAUAGAUGAUGAAAACUCGGCUUCAGAUAAUACAUUACAACGGUUGGGAAAUCUCAAGCUUAAGAAUUUCAAAGAUUCAAUAAGUAAUUACUAUAACGGCAAUAGUGAGUAUACCAUAGAUCCAAAAUAUAGCGGCAACAUCGGGCGAUUUUUCAAUCAUUCGUGCAAUCCUAAUUUAUUUGUACAAAGUGUAUUUGUGGACACACAUGAUUUACGUUUCCCAUGGAUAUCGUUUUUUUCGCAAUGUGUUAUAAAAGCAGGAACAGAACUUACUUGGGAUUAUGCUUAUGAGGUAGGCAGCUUACCAGGUAAAGAAGUGGCUUGUUAUUGUGAAUCAGUUGAAUGUAAACAAAGACUUCUCUAAAUAAUUUAAGUUUAAUGAUGUAUUAUUGUGAAUUUUUGUAAAGUAUAAUUAACACCAUAUUAUAAUGUUAUGUUUACAUUACUGACACCAAAAUAACUUUGGCCAGAAUGUUAAAAAUGUUAUGUAAUUUUAAUAUUUGUAUAACAGACAACAAUUAAUUGUUAAUACGUUUACAUUACUAUUAAUAAUAAUGAUAAACACUAAUGAAUAAAUAAUUUUGUAAUUAAAAAUUA